AUGGGUGGUUUAUCAUUUGAACGUCAAAGCACAAGCAUCUUAAAAAACUUAGACAAUCCAAUUGAACAAGAAGAAAUUAGAACCCCAGAACCCGAAAUGGAAGUGAAGGAAACUGUCGAAGGCGUUCCGAUGGCAUUGUCUGGUUCAACUUCCAGCACAAAGUCAAACCCAGACAUUAAUAAUACGGUCGUUAAUCCGGAGUCAUUGGUUCCCCCACCACCUCCGGUGGACUCUGUUCCUUUCAAGCUCAACAAGCAGUCGGUCCUUUCGGAUUUCUUGAAACAGAACAGAUUGGCUACUGAGCGUAUCAACGAGUAUUCUCCGGCAAUCAUUGAGUCCAACGGUACAGGUCAGCAACCACACACAUUGUGGAUUGGCUGCUCUGACUCCAGAAUCAGUGAGGCAUGCUUGGGAGUAAUGCCGGGUGAAGUUUUCACCCAUAGAAACAUUUGCAAUAUCGUUAAUUCGAACGAUUUCUCCGUAACUGGAGCCAUUCAAUUUGCCGUUGAUGUAAUUAAGGUGAAGAAGAUCAUUGUUUGUGGUCACACCGACUGCGGAGGAGUCUGGGCUGCCCUUUCUUCCAAGAGAAUUGGAGGAGUAUUGGAUCUUUGGUUGAACCCUGUACGUCAUGUCAGAGCGCAAAAUCGUAAAGAGCUGAGUUUAAUCAAGGACCCCAAAGAAAAGUGUGCCACACUUGCACGUCUGAAUCUGAUCAACUCGGUCCAACAGUUGAAACGUCAUCCAUCGUGUCUUGCAGCUUUAAAGAACCAAGACGUGGAGAUUUACGGACUUAUGUAUGACGUUGGUACUGGGCUGUUGAGCGAGGUUGAGAUCCCAUGCGACGAUGAGUUCGACGAUGUGUUCCAUGUUGGUGACCACGAUGAUACUGAAGCCGGUGGACAUUAA